CCGCCUCGCUGCGCCCACAGCUGGGGACAGUCUUCGUUCUCUCAUUCCCAUCCUUUCUCUUCCCUCUCAUCGCCAUUUCUUCUAGAAGGCAACUUAAAAACCUUUCCUUGCCUCUUUAUUUCUUCCCAUUUCUCUUCCCUUCUUUUUUUCCUUUUUCUCCAGAAUCCUUGUGUUUCCACUUCAUGCCAGGCUCCUGCCUCCAGGGCUUCUCUCCUUUUCACCGGCCUGUGGCUUGUGUGUUAGGAGGUUGAACUUUUAAUGCAGUCAUUUGAAGAUUUUAAGCUUUUUCUUUCUCCUAACCAGGAGUCACAGAUGCUGGGAAGUAUGGCCCGAAAGAAACCUCGAAAUACCUCAAGGUUGCCCCUGGCUUUAAACCCCGUGAAGAGCAAGGACGUGUUGGCAGUGCUGGCUGAGAGGAACCAGGCUAUAGUACCAGUUGGGGCAUGGGUGGAACCUGCCUCACCAGGUAGUUCGGAAAUCCCAGCAUAUACAUCAGCAUAUUUAAUUGAAGAAGAACUAAAGGAACAGCUAAGAAAAAAACAAGAGGCUUUGAAACAUUUUCAGAAACAAGUUAAAUACCGAGUAAAUCAACAAAUUAGGUUGAGAAAAAAGCAACAGCUUCAGAAGUCCUAUGAAAGAGCACAAAAAGAAGGCUCUAUAGCCAUGCAGUCUUCAGCAGCACACUUAACUUCCAAAAGGACAAGUGUUUUUCCAAACAAUUUGAAUGUUGCUAUUGGAAGUUCUAGGUUACCUCCUUCCCUGAUGCCUGGGGAUGGAAUAGAGGAUGAAGAGAAUCAGAACGAAUUAUUCCAACAACAAGCCCGGGCUCUUAGUGAAACCAUGAAACAGGCACGUCACCGGCUAGCAUCCUUUAAAACUGUGAUUAAAGAAAAGGGAUCAGUGUUUCCAGAUGAUGGAAGAGAAAGCUUUCUUACACCAGAGGAAGUGCUUUCCAGGAAACCAGCAUCUGCUGGGACAAAUACAGGAAUAAGAACAGAGUUGCCCAUUAAGGUCCAUCAAGGUCUUUUAGCUGCUGUACCUUACCAGAAUUAUAUGGAAAAUCAGGAACUUGACUAUGAGGAACCUGACUAUGAGGAAUCUUCAUCUCUUGUAACUGAUGAGAAAGGGAAAGAAGAUUUUUUUGGGAGAGGCCAGCAGGACCAGCAGGCUAUCCUUUCUGAAGAUAAGAACAAACCUUUCAGCAGAGUUCAGAAAGUAAAAUUCAAAAAUCCAUUAUUUGUUCUGAUGGAAGAGGAAGAACAAAAGCAGUUACAUUUUGAGGGCCUUCAGGAUAUUCUGCCAGAAGCCCAGGAUUAUUUUCCAGAAGCCCAAGGUGAUUUGCUGGAAACCCAGGGUGAUUUGACAGGAAUCCAGAGUGUUAAGCCAGAUACCCAGGCUGUUGAACUGAAGGUUCAGGUUACUGAACCAGAAGGCCAGGCCAUUGAGCCAGAAGGCCAGCCUAUUAAGACAGAAACUCAGGGUAUUAUGCUGAAAGCCCAGAGUAUUGAGCUAGAAGAAGGGAGUAUUGUGUUGAAAACCCAGGAUUUUCUACCCACAAAUCAGGCUUUUCUAACGAAAAACCAGGAUGUUUUACUCAAAGACCACUGUGUUCUCCCUAAAGACCAGAGUAUUCUACUCAAAUAUCAGGACCAGGACUUCCUACCCAGAGACCAGCAUGUUCUCCCCAAAGACCAAGAUAUUCUGCCAAAAUAUCAGGACCAGGAUUUUCUACCUAAAGACCAGAAUUUUUCGUUUAGAGACCAGCAUGUUCUCCCCAAAGACCCCAAUAUUCUACCUAAAUAUCAAGACCAGGAUUUUCUACCUAAAGACCAGGACUUUUUAUCUAGAGACCAGCAUGUUCUCCCCAAAGACUGGAAUAUUCUACCCAAAUGUCGGGACCAGGAUUUUCUACCCAGAGACCUGCAUGUUCUCUCCAACGACCAGAAUAUUCUACCCAAAUGUCAGGACCAAGAUUUUCUACCAAAAUAUCAGAAUGCAAAUCUGAAGCAGCCAACAUCCAUUUUGAUAGGUAGGAGAGGGAGAGAGGCGCUUCCUCUGGAUGUCCAUCAGGAUCUUCUAUGCAGGCAUCAUCAGGCCUCCAUCAGAGGCAAGAAAGUACACUUUAAGGAGCCACACUCUGAUAUGACAGAUGAGAAAGGGAGAGAAGACUUUUCUCUGGCAGACUAUCAGUGUUUGCCUCCCAAAUCCCAGGACCAGGAUGACAUCAAAAAUCAGCAACCUGCAUCUUUUAUGAGAGAAGAGAGAGUGAGAGAGGAAUUGCCUCUGGACUGUCAUCAAUAUGUUGUACCUAAAAUCCAGGACCAAGACUCCCCUAGAGAACAGAACAAGCAUAUCAAACCACCCUCAUCUUUUGAGAAACGGGAGAUUGCAAGAGGAAAUACUCCUGGAGUGCCAUUGGCUUAUGAUGGAUAUCAAUCAGGAUUGAGCACUGAAUUCCAAGCUCCACUGGCAUUUCAGUCUGGCGUAGAUAAAGAAGAAGAUAAGAAAGAGCGUCAAAAGCAGUACCUGAGACAUAGACGAAUUUUCAUGGAUAUUGAGAGAGAACAAGUAAGAGAACAACAAAGGCAAAAAGAACAAAAGAAGAAAAUUGAAAGGCUGGAGUGCAAUGGCACGAUCUCGUCUCACCGCAACCUCCGCCUCCAGAGUUCAAGCGAUUCUCCUGCCUCAGCCUCCCAAGUAGCUGGGACCACAGGCGUGUGCCACCACGCCCGGCUAAUUUUUGUAUUUUUAGUAGAGACGGGGUUUCACCAUCUUGGCCAGGCUGAUCUCGAACUCCUGACCUCGUGAUCCACCCGCCUUGGCCUCCCAAAGUGCUGGGAUUACAGGCGUGAGCCACCAUGCCCGGCCGAAGUAUUCUUUAUUUAGAAGAAUUCAUUUAAAAAAACAAUGACUGCUGGUGUAGUAGCCAUGUCAAAGGAAAUAUUUAUUGGAUUAUUUUAAGUGCUUUCACAUGUAUUUUCAUUUAUUUAUAGUUUAUUCAUGGGAUAACUGAUUUAAGCCUGCCUCUAAUAUUUGCAGGAUUGGGCUCAUGUACAAAUACAAAUUUAUGUACCUUACAUCUAAGUAUUUUAAUGUCAUAAGCUGAGCUAAAAAACUGUUAAAUGACAUAUAUUCUAUUGUCCUACCUUGACAAAUAUGAUUUCAUAGUGACUAGGAGAUCGGACUCAAAUUUGUAAUUCUUUAUUCUUGAACUCCUCUGAGUUACAUGCAGGAACAUGAGUGGAGAGUCAGCCUCCAGUCCACCCCCUUUCUAUUCUUACUCAUACCUCUAUUUUAUACUUGAAGAAUUUUGGAUACAUGCUAUGGUUCAACUCAGCCCAGAUAUCCAAGUUCUAGGUACAUGCCCUGUAAGUAGUCACCCCUUAAUGUCCCAUUGAGCCUAGAUGCGCACGAGAGGUGCAGCCUGCUCUGAGGAAGACAAAGGUGGGGAACAGAACUGUGUAUACCCUAAAAACGGCCUUGGAAAGUUUGAGUAAAGAAUUCCAGAGGCCUGGGUACCUGGAGCAGAGUAUAGAUGGUCAGUCAUAGGCUUCAGGUGCGUACCUUCCCCUAGUCGCUUAGUCUCUGAAGACUAUGGGAAGAGAUAUGGACAGGCCAAAGUGGGACUAUUAAAAAUGUGGGUCUCAUGAUAAGGGCUCCCCUCUUAUCCAGGUCUAAGAGUGUCUGCAUUUAUUCAGAAAACAUUUAUUUUUUAUCUUCCAUAUCAUAGGCACUGUCCUAGGCUCAGAUGAUGCAAAGAUAAAUAAAAUUCAUUCCUUUUCUUGAAGAACUCAUAAUCUAAGUUGGGGAGGGAGGAUGAGAAACAAACAUAUUCAAAUAAGUAAUAUAAUUAGUGCAGUUGCCGAGAUAGGUACAGAGUCCAUGUGAGCACAGAAGAAGGGAUUAACGAUUUUACCUGGAGAGUUAGAGAAAAUAUUACACUUCAGUUGGGUUUGGGUGGAUAAAUAUGUGUUUUGCAGGGAAGGGGAUAAGGAUGGUGAGUUAGGAAAACAUAUAUAAAUAGAAUCAAGGUGGGAGGAAAUAAUAGUAGUAUUCAUGCAGAAUUUUUAUAAUUCACAAGGGCUUUCAUAUAUUAUCUAGUUUAGUACUUUUCAACAACAAAGCAAACAUUUAUUGAAAACUUACUACAUGCCAGGGACUGUUCUAUAUGCUGAGAAUAUAAAACUAGAAUAUAUGACAGGAUAGUACAUAUUUACAAAUGGACUUAAGUGUGAAUGUAUCCCUUAUGAACUUUGUAAACUUAAGGCAAGUAACUUCACCUCUGAGCCUCAGUAUCCUUAAUUAUAUAAUGGAGAUUAUAAUAUUGAUCUUCUAGUUUGUUGAUAGCAUUAAAUGGAGAAAUGUAUGUAAAGUACUUAACAUUGUAUCUGACAUUUAAUAAGAUCUCAAUAAAAAGUACCUGUUACUACCAUGAUGAUGGUAGUGGUGGUGGUGGUGGUAGUGAUGAUGAUUAAGAUUAAUAGGAUGAGCACCGAGAGAG